CAUCAACCUGAAUGCCGUACCUCGUAUACUUUUAGUAGUAUAAAUUGGAGUACUCUUGAAGAUGCAUCCAAACGCAACCCAACAUAGAAAGCAUUUUUUCUGUCUUAUUUCAUAAUUCCUUUGAAGAUGGAGACCCGCCUAUUGUUCUUCUUUCUCUUAACCAUUUCUUCCUUAUGGCAACACCAUCAUGCUUCGUCGAAGUAUUCUCGUCCACCUGCCCGAUCUCUCAUCCACACUCCACACAAUCGAUCAGAAUCUGAUCCUCAACAAGUGCACGUAUCAUUGGUUGGGCAAGACCAUAUGAGGGUUACAUAUAUUACUUCGCAUAAACACACAAAAUCAUUGGUUGAAUACGGAAAAUCGCCGGGGGUAUACGAAGCAUCUUCAACCGGAGACCAUGACUCGUACCACUACUUCUUCUACAGCUCCGGUGAAAUUCAUAACGUGGUUAUUGGCCCAUUAGAGCCAGGCACCACUUAUUACUACCGCUGCGGUGGUUCCGGCCCGGAGUUCAGCUUCCGGACCCCUCCUUCCGAUCUUCCUAUUGAGUUCGUCAUUGUAGGGGAUCUGGGUCAGACGGAAUGGACUGCAUCGACGUUAGCCCACGUGGGAGCAAAGGACUACGACGUUUUCCUUCUGCCGGGAGAUUUAUCCUACGCCGACACACAACAGCCGCUCUGGGACUCCUUCGGCCGGCUGGUGGAGCCGUACGCGAGCCAGAGGCCAUGGAUGGUCACCGAAGGCAACCACGAGAUCGAGAUCUUCCCAAUCAUUUACCCAACCGGCUUCAAGGCUUACAACUCCAGGUGGCUCAUGCCCCACCAACAGAGCGGCUCCAAGACCAACCUAUAUUACUCCUUUGAUGUCGCCGGGGUGCACAUUCUGAUGUUGGGAUCCUACGCUGAAUUCGACUCCGACUCGGACCAGUACAAGUGGCUUCAAGCCGACUUGGCUCGGGUUGACCGGAGUAAAACUCCUUGGCUUCUGGCUCUGCUUCAUGCGCCGUGGUACAACUCGAAUGAAGCUCAUAAGGGGGAAGGAGAAAGCAUGAGAAAAGCUAUGGAAGAGCUGCUCUAUAAUGCCCGAGUUGACGCCGUGUUUUCAGGACAUGUUCAUGCUUAUGAGCGCUUUACUAGAGUGUUUGAUAACAAGGUUGAUCCUUGUGGACCUGUGUACGUGACCAUUGGUGAUGGAGGGAACAGGGAAGGACUUGCCAUGAAUUUCGAGAAGCAAAAGCCAGAGAUAUCAGUAUAUCGGGAGCCAAGUUUUGGGCAUGGACGAUUGAGGGUCUACAAUGAAACGCGUGCGCAUUGGUCAUGGCACCGGAACAAUGAGUCCGAAUCCGUUAUGUCCGACGAAGUUUGGCUACACAGCCUCUAUUCAUCCAGUUCGUGUGUGGAAUCCGGUGACGGCUCGAAAAGGGACGAACUCUGACUUGUAUAUGAAUUAAAACUUUCCAAACUCAUUUGAUUCAGGCAUUUAGCCCCACCCCAAUGGCCCAAUCGUGCAUGAUACUAAUGGUUCCUUGUACUCCUUCUGUCUCAUAAUUAUUGUUCAGUUUAAGUUUUUAUUUUUAUUUCAAAUUAUACUAAAAGUGAAUUUUCAAAUUGAACAAUAAUCUGUCUCAUAAUUAUUGUUCAGUUUAAGUUUUUAUUUUUAAUUCAAAGUAUAAUAAAAGUGAAUUUUCAAAUUGAACAAUAAUUUUGGGAUAGAGGAAUAACAUUUUGUAGUGAUGAAUUUGUUGCUGUAGUUAUCUUCUUAGUUUUUUUUUUUGGUUUUUGGUCAGAACAUCAGAUCUCAUGUUGUACUGUUGUGUAGUUCUACAUUUUACACACACACAAAAAAAAAAAAACAUCAAUAAAGUUAUCAUUAAAAGCUACGACACCAAACAAACAAAAUUCUUUUAUUAUGCAAACUUCUGACACCAAAAAAAAAAAAACCCUAAAAGACUAAUUUGAUUAACCUCCUUUUGUUGGCAACAAUUAAUAUUAAUAGUAGUAGUAGUAGUAGUAUUUCAAGAUAUUUGGUCAAGGUGCUCCAACGCUGCCCUGGCACCAGAUCGAACAGACAGCCUAUGAGAUUCGGAUGCUGCAGCAAGUCUUUUCAGCUCUUGGAUAUCUGCGGCUUGUCUAUUCACUUUUUCGGUCAGCUGUUGGACCUGUGCUUUCAGCCCUUCCUCUGAACUUCUCAAAGCUUCAAUCUCAUCAUUAUUGCGUUCCACUCGACUAAUCAAUUUUCGAAUAAUAUCCCACAACUCUUCCGUGUCACCACUUUUUCUUCUUACUAUUUGGGCUAAACUUCCAGGCACCCUUGUCGCCAUUAGGAAUCAGACAGAUUGGAAGUGGAAUUUUUUUAAAAAAAUAAAAAAAUAAUGAAGAGAGGGGACUACUGGACUAGGGUUGGGUUCAAUGGACAUAUUAUAUAGAAUGUCACAGAAUGUGGUUCCCGUUCGGAGGUAGAAUCCAGGGGCCAUUCAAAGUGUGUUCUGUAUAGAAAUCUUUAUGGUUGGGUAAUUACUUCCAAAUCUAAUUGCACUAUCUCAAAGUGAACCAGAAAAAUUAUAAAGCGUAUAUUUACUUGAUUGGAAUGGUCGGUUAAAAAUUUAGGAGGCGUUUGUUUUGUCACCUG